CUUCUGGCUGCCGGUGGGAGAUUCGCGUACCCUGACUUUACCGUGUCCUCAUCGACGAUUAACGGAUGGGCUUAUAAAUGGGAUAUCUCCGCCAUGGGACACAGUUUUGUUGCGUCUUUGCCAAGUUCAAGAUGUGCUGCAGUUGCCCGGGAUCGAGUGAACCUGUGUACGAUCGUGUUUGAGAGUGAAAAGUGCAUUUCUGAACCGUGUCACCGUGUGAAGCGUAGAAACUGUGUCAUAGUUGCUGUGCCCCUUAUAAGACGCCUCAAGUGCCUUGCUGAUAGGAAAAUGACGUACAUUGUAAGGCUGGUGGUAGUGUGUGUGCUGGUAGGGCUUAUCGAUUCUAAUCCAGCCGUUGAUAGUGGCGGUGUGGUCAACCAUUUGGAACCCGAACAUGGUACCCUGAGCAAGGCAGCACUCGAGGACAGCUUCAUCCGCCGGCUCGACGGCAAGUGCACGCAGAAGGACAACAGCUCGUGCGUGAUGUUGAAGCUGGUCACCUACAUGAACCGGAUGCUAAAAAAGUCCAGCAUUAGUCUCGGGGAUAGCUUUGAGCUAAUGAAAACCCGCUCGGACGAACAGCUGUCGGACACGGACGCGGAGGAAAUAUCGGUGCUGGGCCGUGCGACCACCUCGGACGACCACAAGCUGAGCGUGAUGGUGGCGGACAAAAUCUGGCGCUUCAUCCACAGCCGUAGCCUUCGGUGGCGAGCAACCAGGGCAACCGACGUGGUGGUAGCUUCCGGUGAGAGCGGCAAACUGAACCUGGGGGUUUCGCUGGAUACGCGUCGCCUGUUCGAGGAAGGCCGCGGUCGCCUAAAGCAGUACGCGCCUAUACUGGCCGCCGUCGUCAUGAAGGCGGUGCUGAUCGGUGCACUCGUGCUGAAGGGUAUCGCACUGCUCGUCGGCAAAGCGCUGCUCGUGUCCAAGCUGGCCCUGGUGCUUGCGAGCAUACUCGGCAUCAAGAAGCUGCUGCACAAGAAGUACGUCACCUACGAGGUGGUGGCUCACCCACCCGAACCACACCACCAUGUCGACACGUACAGCUCUGGCUGGGCUCGGGCACUCGAUGGCUUUGUCGAGUCGUUCUCGAACGAACUGAACCGUCGGCUCACAGUGGACGCCCACGAUUUGGCCUACCAGCAGCAGGCCCCAGCUCACCAACAAAAGCACUAAACCGUGGGUGCUCCUUUUUUGUCGCAUGUACCUUUUUUUCCAAACGCCCGUGUAUUGCGGGGGAAAUUCGAAUAAAUUAUUUAUUUUAUUAUUA